UUAGAAUGGCCUUCAAAGGUAGGAGGGAGGAGUGGGGAAUGAAUUGCAUUAUACAGUAUGAAGUAAAAUCUUCCUUCUUCAAACUUGGACUUGAGUUAAUAGAAUUGGCAGUUAGGAAAGUCCUAAAUAUCCUAGUAUUGGUAUAAAUUUAGCAACUUUGAUGCCUAUUGGCAAAUUUGACCCCAAAAUAAUCAAAAGAUAAUAAAAAAUGGAAAAUCUAUGGUGGUAGUUCUUAGGAUUAUUUUCAGGGAUAUAAUCAUGCUCAGCUGGUACUAGGACUUGAAGCAAGCCUUGUACAGUGAGUAACUGUGAAUUGCUGUAUUUUAGUUUUUUGCCAGAAACUAUCCAGUAUGUCUCUAGCAAAUGCAGGAACCAGUUAGUCAAGUUAAAUGUGCUGGUUAGGCAUUGCUCCAAUUGAAUUAUUCUGUGAUCAAAAUAAUGUUUGUGUCCUCACAUCCCACAAACUUAACUACAGUUUAAUCUCUGUGAACUCUUAAUAACGAUAAGAAUUUCAGCGUUAGUCUGAGUGGUGAUAGUGGUAGUGUUCACGUCCAAAUGGAGAAUUUCCCACGGUUUUGACGGCACAGAGCUUUGUAGCAAACAAUGAAAAGAACCUUUUCUAUUCAUUCUGCUUCCUGUGAGCAAAUAUUCUAUUCCUCAUUGUCUGUAACAAAAUCCUUCCAAGGGCAGGGUGGCUAUAACAAAAAUUUAUUUAUCAUCAGCAUAUUUACCCUACCUGUAACUCAUUAUCACCUAUUUUAUUUUAGUUCCGAACAGGACCUGCUGUUUGUUCUCUUCUGCACAGAACGAGAAACCAACCUGAUGAAACUAUCACCUUUGAGCAAAGGCGUAGGGUGUAUGUCACAUGGAAUAUUCAUUGUGUAGUUUAGCUCUGAAAACAUUGUUAAAAGUAUUGCUCCUUAUUUGCUGUUCCAAAUUGAAAUCAUAAAUGUAAUUAGCUACCAGCUUUCUUUGAACAGAUGUCCAUAUAUUAAUGUAUUAGUUACUUGUAGCUAGAAUGACAGUUUUUGAGAACUCAGCUCUUUUUGAGUUGGUCCUGUGUUUGAUGCCAGUCCCUUCUCACCUUCUUUGUUCCCCUUUAUGGUAGCAUCUACAGUAAAGCCAAGAGAGGUUCAUAAAUUGAUAUUAAGUAUGUGGGCAGCUUGUUAUUUUUUUCUUAAUGUUUCCAGAGAAAUGUGAGAUAAAGCAGAUGAAUAUGCAUAUAGUAUGGGUUUUUUCUGCACUUCUUGGAUUUCUUCUUUCAAUGCCUUUUUUAUCAAUUUUUUUAAACUUCAGUAUAUUAAUCUGAUGUGUGUCUAUCAGAGCAUCUUUGUCAUAUCUGUGAAACAGUUCUUUCUCAAAUAUCUAAUCACAGCAGAAACUAGGAAAGGUUUUCACAUUGUUCUGCAGAAAGUAUGCUGUGGAAAAAGACCUAACGACUUUCUAGAAUAAUGAAAGCAUUUAGGCUGCAUUAUAGUACAUGAGGCAGAAAACCAAAGCUAUUCUGACAGCCAGUUCUCUUUAUGAUGAGAACAGAGAAACUGCUGUCAUGUAUCGGACGAAGGGUCUGCCUAGCAUCCUGUCUCCAACAGGGCCAGCCCUAAGCGGGAGCCUGAGGUAUAGCAAAAACAGGGCAAGAAUAUAUUGUAUUAUGUAAUAAUUUCUCUUUCUGGUGCUUAGUCCAUAAGGCCUGCCUCUGUUUUCCCAGGGCUGCCUGGUAUGGGUGUAGAGCAAGGGAGUUCCUUCUGGUGAAGAUAAGUGCUCAACAUUGAGUACAGUGUCAAAGGCCAUGCUGCCAAAGAUAGGUCAGGAUGUGUUUUCAGGUCCUAAACCUGGAACAAGGGGUAAUCUACAUGGCUGCUCUUCCAAACUGAGAACAAUCCAGGUGGAGGACUUAGAGGAAUUCUGGAGAUGCAAGGCUAAAUCCCAGUGCUUAUGCAUAUCAUAUGUGAGAAAAGCAAGCGCAGGUGGAGGGGCAGGGGUAAGAUGUGUUUUCCCAGCUCAGCAGUCUAGGGUGAUAUCAGUGGAGGAACAUCACCCUGCAGUGUAACCUGGUCUGAUCUGGAAGGGCAGGAGAUCCAUGAAGAGGUCCACUGCUGCUUUGUAUUGCACUUCUGGAACCGGCAAUAACUGUAAUGCCUUUCCUUUUAGCAGCAAGGGACUGACAGCAUUAGGAGUGAAGACUUGUGAGGAUGCAGAAUGCGUGAGUCUGAGAGAUAAAGGGAGCUAUAAAGGGUGAAGCAGCUAGCAGGGCACCAGACCAAACUGCCCACAGCUCCUGAAAGGUCGUGAAAGGCCCAGGUUUGAAGAGGUGCUUUUAGAAGGAAUCAGUAUGGAGCCUGAGGAGUACAGACGGAGAGGAAAGGAGAUGGUGGAUUACAUUUGCCAGUACCUGAGUAAUGUGAGAGAGAGACGGGUGACUCCUGAUGUACAGCCAGGUUACAUGAGAGCCCAGUUGCCGGAUUCUGCCCCAAUGGACCCAGACAGCUGGGACAACAUCUUUGGAGAUACAGAGAAGAUUAUUAUGCCCGGGGUAGUCCAUUGGCAAAGUCCACACAUGCAUGCCUACUUUCCAGCUCUUACUUCCUGGCCUUCACUUCUUGGAGAUAUGUUGGCUGAUGCAAUUAACUGCUUGGGAUUCACAUGGGCCUCCAGUCCAGCCUGUACAGAACUGGAAAUGAAUGUGAUGGAUUGGUUGGCGAAAAUGCUGGGCCUUCCAAAUAAAUUCCUGCACCACCAUCCUGACAGUGUGGGUGGAGGAGUAUUACAGAGCACUGUGAGUGAAUCAACCUUGGUUGCACUGCUAGCAGCAAGGAAAAACAAAAUUCUGGAGAUGAAGCUUUCUGAGCCAGACACUGAUGAGUCCUCACUCAAUUCUCGCCUCAUUGCUUAUGCGUCUGAUCAAGCACAUUCUUCUGUAGAAAAGGCUGGCUUGAUUUCUCUUGUGAAGGUGAAAUUUCUGCCUGUGGAUGAGAACUUUUCCCUCAGAGGUGGAACUUUGAAGAAAGCCAUUGCAGAAGACAGAAAGAAAGGCCUAGUGCCAGUCUUUGUUUGUGCAACUUUGGGUACAACUGGUGUCUGUGCUUUUGACAAUCUCUCAGAACUGGGUCCAAUUUGUAAUGCUGAGGGACUCUGGCUUCACAUUGAUGCUGCAUAUGCAGGAACAGCAUUUGUAUGUCCUGAAUUUCGAUUGUUCUUGGAUGGAAUUGAAUAUGCAGAUUCCUUUACUUUCAACCCUUCUAAAUGGAUGAUGGUUCAUUUUGACUGCACUGGAUUUUGGGUUAAGGAUAAAUACAAAUUACAUCAAACCUUCAGUGUUAACCCUGUCUACCUCAGACAUCCCAACUCAGGAGCUGCUGUUGAUUUCAUGCACUGGCAAAUUCCACUGAGUCGUCGAUUUCGUUCUUUGAAGCUGUGGUUUGUGAUUCGUUCAUUUGGGGUGAAAAAGCUUCAAGCUCAUGUCCGACACGGUACUGAAACAGCCAAAUUCUUUGAAUCCUUGGUUAAAAGUGAUCCACUCUUUGAAAUUCCUGCCAAGAGACAUCUCGGACUGGUUGUAUUUCGUCUGAAGGGUCCCAACUGGCUGACAGAAAAACUCCUGGAAGAACUAAGCAGUUCUGGCAGGCUCUUCCUUAUUCCAGCAACCAUUCAUGACAAGUUCAUCAUUCGCUUUACUGUAACAUCUCAGUUCACAACCAGGGAAGAUAUUCUGCAAGACUGGAACAUCAUUCAACACACUGCAGCCCAAAUCAUUAGCCAGAAUUAUGGGUUGCACUGCAUCAAUUCUGGUGGUGGGGCAAGAAUCCCUGAUAUGAUAGCUAAGCCUAGUUCUGAUGCCAUUAGUAAUGCUUCUCAGCUUUAUCUAGACGGAGGAAAUUGCAAAACACCUUCCAGAAAAAUAGUUGUACAGCCUAAGUUAGUAGCAAGUCCCAGUGCGUGCGUGAUUAGUCAACAAGUGAAAGGUCAAGAGGAUCCUCUAGACAACUGUUUUCCAGAAGAUGUCCAAGAUGUUACCAAACAUAAGUUAACCUCCUUUUUAUUCAGUUAUUUAUCUGUUCAAGGCAAGAAAAAGACAGCGCGUUCCCUUAGCUGCAACAGUGUGCCAAUGACUGGUAGUCUCGAGCAAUGUAAUCCCAAAGCAGCAGCCACUGACAAGAAGGAGUCUUACGCAAAUGCCAGAAUUCUUUCCAGGCUGCCUGAAGAGGUGAUGAUGUUCAAAAAAAGUGCCUUCAAAAAACUAAUUAAGUUCUACAGUGUCCCAAGCUUUCCGGAGUGUAGCAUUCAGUGUGGCCUUCAGCUGCCUUGUUGUCCUCUGCAAGCCAUUGUUUAACAAGUAAAAGAGAUUGGUCCUUAAGACCUCUCCAUAUAGAAAGAGAACCAAAGUUUGCUUAUUCAUAUGCAAUACUACAUGUUACUUUGUUCAAUAUGUAAGCAGUGGUAGUGACCUCUGAGAAAAUUCCUGUGCUUUUACUGGUGGAAACCUCAUGUAUUUAUAGAUUAAAAUGUCAAAUAAAUCUUGUAGGCAUAUAACAUGAAACUCUUGUAUGUAGACUGUGGUAAAGAAAACGCUAAUUUCUUCCUUAUCAGUCCUCGUAAUGGACAGUUUCUAGCUGCUAGGCUAGAACCAUUUUGACAAAAUAUGCUGGCCUCAGUAGGGGGUAAGCAAUUUAGCGCUCUAUUUGCACCAUUGAUUUUUUUUUUUCAAUACCUUGACUUAUACUCUCUAGACUGCUGCAAGGAUCUGUGUGCGCAGACAAUGCCACCGUCAAUUCUGAACUGCAAAAUGAAGGGUGUAACCUCUCCAAGAGAUUUUGCUGUAUUAGGGCAAUUUUAAAACUCCCUGAGUUUAAAAACACAACAGCCCUGCCAUUCCAUCUGUGCUAAUCACUUACAGUGCACAGGAGGCUUUAUGCAACCACGCUGCAAGAGCAGUUGCCCUUGCUAAGCACCUGUGGCCUUUCUCAGCAUUACCUAAGGUCUGUAAAUCACAAGUGCAUGAGGAAAGAGAGUAGGAAUGAUACUUCACCCUUUCUCAUUACAGAAGAACUAAGGGGCAUUACAGCAGAAAGGGUCUUUAUGCAGCAAACAAACUUAUUGUUACAAGAGGCCAGUGAUUUACGUAUUUUUCAAGAAUAAUUAAAAAAACUGGGGGGAGCAAAAUCUAUUGCGGGCAGCUUUAAAUUCAGAGAUACUACUGUUGAAUCAGGAAGCAUGAUGAGUGCUAGGAGAUUAUUCUGAGAAAGCACUGCUAGAUGCUCGCUGCCGCCUUUGUAGUUGUUUCCAGACACGUACAAUUACCCCAUCUUGAAGGCAGCGUACUUGGCCAGAU